AUGAAACAAAUAGUGCGUCGUAUACAGAACUGGUCAUUAAGUCGCAAGGAAGUCCGACUUCACUUUCGCUGCACAAAGUGCGGCAAAUGCUGUACAGGAACUGGUGGUCGCGUUCGUGUAAAUGAACAGGAGAUACAGGAACUGGCAGUAGCCACUAAUUUACCUUUGACCGAGUUAAAGCAGGGAUAUACCUCAAUUAUUCAAGUAGAGGACGCGAAUGGACAUAAAAAGACGCAACAGGUGCUGAAACAAACACCUGACGAUCGUCAGUGUAUUUUCUUAGAAGGUUCCAAGUGUUCUGUCUAUAACAAUCGGCCGACACAAUGUCGGACGUUUCCAUGGUGGCCGCAACACCUCGUGUCCGACUAUGAUUGGCAUGUCACAGCUAAUAAAUGUGAAGGAAUCCGUAUGUUUCAACAAGGAGAUGAGCAAAAGGACAGUAUAGGCUAUUCAUUUGAUGAUGUGAUACCUGAAAUGAUACUACACGAUAUUCACCAGUCAGGUGAAAAUUUUACCUAUGACCAAUUACAACAGAUGCUAUGGGAUUUACAAGAAGUUGAUCCAAAGUUUAUGGAGCAGUACAAGGCCGAGCUUUUUCAAAAGUUUUCAAGACGAAUUGUCUUUAGUAACAAGGAAGUUACGGUUCUGGACAAUUUUGUCGAUAGUAUUGCUACACGCAGCUUGGUGUUCAAUAAUCGUAUGCACUUGAUUCAGAGUGAAAUAGCGAUAUGUGAAACAUCGAAUGCCAAUACGGACGCCGAGCCAGAAUUUGAUCGAACCACUUUGGCUUUUGAUGUCCAUCGAGCAUUAUGUAUGCCUCUUGCCUGGCUUCUCCAGCGUGACGCGAAUAUACGGCCAUUGCGUGCGUCUGUGCUCGGAGCAGGAGCAUGUAUACUACCACUUUUCUUACUGGAGCAUUUAUCGCCUCAGGAACUUGGGUGGCUUGAUGCUGUCGAGCCAAGCAGUCAAGUUAAUAUUAUUGCGCAGCACUUUUUUGGAGUUAAAGCGGCUAUACAGCGGGACGAACGGCUUUUAAUCCACGAAAAAACGGGCGAGGAUUUUCUUGUGGAGCAAAAAGAUGUUGCCUUUGAUUUACUGGUGCUGGAUGUUGAGGCUGGUGAGAGUUUUGCUGGUGUACAAGCACCCCCGAUCGCAAUGUUGGAACCAAGCUUUUUGUAUGAAACGGUGCGUGUACUAGCCCCACAUGGCAUCCUGGCAAUCAACGUGAUCACCGAGUCAAAAAGGGUGCUAGAUGAUGUAGAGACCAAGCUUGCACACGUGUUUACGCGUGGACUACGCCUUUCACUACCAGCCAACACAACGUUCUUCCUGUUUAACGAUAAACGAGACGACAGCACCCCCUUAGCAGUGAAUGAGUUCAUUCGGCUGGUCCGGGAAAGUUCGUUUCAGACGCAGCAUGCACAGACGUCAGCGCUGCUAGAAACAUGCCACCUGACUGCGUGGGUCUCAAAAAAAACAAUGCGUCCGACAACGGCCUGA